UAAAUAUUCGAUAUCUUAAAUGACUAUUUAUUUUUAUUGCAUCCACGAUCAGUUUUAUGUUGUUCGUUAUUUUAUGAGCAUGUCUCUUCGAACACGUUACGAAAGAUGUUCCACGCCAUCUGCGAAACAGUGCUUUGUGGUUUCCAGUGUGAUCUUGAACAUGAUCUCGUAUGGGCUGACGACUGGAUACAACGCUACGUUGUUCUCUGAACUUAGGAAGACACGGGAGAUAGCUUUGGACAUACAUUCCGAAUCUUGGUUGGCAUCUAUGAUGGGAAUAACGCUUUUCGUGGGAUCUGUCAUCGGUUCACUAGUUAUGGAGACCAUCGGUCGAAGGUCAGCGGUUCUCAUGAGUUCGAUAUUCAUGAUCUGUGGAUGGACAUCAUUCAGUUUCGCUUCGUCUUUUCCUGUUUUGUUCAUAGCGAAAUUAUUUCAAGGAAUAUCAGCCGGAAUCGGUACUAAUGUCGGAAGCAUUUUAAUUGCAGAAUACAGUAGUCCCAAAUACAGGGGCUCUUUCAUAGCGACGAUACCAACUGGUUUAUUGUUGGGCAUAUUUAUUUCACAUACUUUUGGAAUGUUUUACGGCUGGCACCAAUUAUGUAUAAUACUACUAUUUUUCUCCUUACCCGGAUUAAUUGCAAUUGUUUUCUCACCAGAAUCACCGAGUUUUCUGGUAACUAAGGGACGUUACGAUGAAUGCAGGAAGAUUUUUCGCUGGUUGAGAGGAACUGAUGAGGAUGAUGAACUCGAAACUAUGAUUAAAACUAAUAUGAUACUUCAAGAAACCAAGAAGGUUGAAUUUUGCAAUGUGUCGAAAUUAAUUCAGAAUAAACUGGCAUAUGGUGUCACUGCAUUCAAAAAGAAAGAAUUUCGCAUUCCAGUUCUGAUUAUGAUGCACUUAAGCGCUAUAAUGCAAUUUAGCGGCUCCUUGGUCUGCGAUAUGUAUGCCUUAGACGUCCACACAGCAUUGUAUGGUACCGAUGUGUACAUGUUCAAAGUAAUGACGUCUCUGGAUGUUCUGAGACUUGUGGCCACUGUGUCGGCCGUUUACAUCACCAGCAGGGUGAGGAGGCGCUCCAUGCUGUUAGUGUUCGUGUCGCUGAACAUAGUGACAGAUCUGUGCAUAGCUGGACACGUCUACGCCAGACAACACGGUCUUCUUCCGUUCGAUCAUUGGGCGAUUAGUUUAUUUCUCCACCACUUUCUUUACUUCAUUAUCGGGACUGGGUCCAUGCCAUUGGCGAUAAUCAUUGGUGGCGAAAUAUUCCCUUUAGCAGACAGAGGUUUCUGUUCGGUAAUUUCUAGAAUAUUUUGCUCCGUUUACAUGUUUGUGAACAUCAAAUCCGCUCCAUAUUUAUUCUCGUCGGUGGGUGUUGACGGGGCCUUCUCUUUGUAUGCCUUGAUCCAUUCUUAUAGUUUGAUUGUUACUUUAAUUUUGUUACCGGAAACGAAAGAUAAAACUCUAGAACGAAUCGAAGAUGAGUUUAGGGGACAUACUAUUGCUAAUCACGAAGAAGCCUUUGAGAUGAAGGAUUAUGACGUGAGGGAUGAUGGUGAUUAAGGGUUUUUAUGUAAUAACAUGUUUGCGUCAGGUUGGUGAGAAGAAUCUUAUCUAGGUUUCUAGUAAUUAGAAGUAAGGAAAUAAAGCCGUCAGUGCCUCAUUCUUAGGACAAGUUAAUAUCCGCGUGUUAUUCGUUUAGUUUCUAUGUCUCUCCUUCUGAGUCAAGCCAGCCUAAGGAGAUGUUCUCGAUGUGGCAAUAAACAACUUCCGUAACUUAGGCGUAAAAUUAAAUACAUUUCCAAAGAUAAGCGUAAAUACUUUUUGUUUGAUUGUGGUUCGUAAAUUCAAAAUGACUCUUAAGUCAAUGACACCAUUGUUAGUACCUCCUUGUUUGUGAAAUUGCUUAUAUAAUAAUACUUUAAGAAGAUAUAGUGAAAGUACCUACGUCAUGUUAAAAAAUAGUUUUUUUAUAAUCGUAAAAAAAGAAAUAUGUC